CUUUUUGAUGUGAACACCAUCAAACCGAACAAUGGCGACGCUACCCGCGAACUCUCGUCUUUUGAAACCAUCAUUAUCAGCGCAGGACGCCAUGAAGGCCCCAUCAUUCUCGCUGAAAUACGGACUACUGCGUAAAAAACCGGGCCUAAAAAACUUCGGCAAGUGGCCUCGAAGGUUCGCCAUCCUGGUCAACGACUGCCUGUACGUCUAUCGCGACGAGAACGCCAAAGCCGUGAAGUCAGUUUUUUAUUUACAGGGCUACAACCAAAUCAAACGGGAACCAACCAAGGGCAAAGGUCAAGACUGGGCGUUCUCUAUCAUCCCGGCCAGUAAUAUGGAGUCAGUCAAAUUAAAAACCUUUGCCUGCGUCAGCGACCAGGAGCGGCUGGAGUGGAUGAAAGCCAUUAGGAACCAGAUGUACCACGCCAACAACAUCACCAAACCCGACACCACCUACAAAGAUAAACUCAGGUCGCUGUCUUUAACCGAGGAAGACGCCGACGAAUACAACGAGUUAGAACAACCGAUUUUUAACUCUGGGGAUCCGAACCACGCCAAGCCUGAUGCAGACAUUGAUACGUCGUCUGAUUCGGGAAGCGGGGGGAGUAUCGUUACCCAGAGGUCGAUGUCGUUAACGAUACCUAGCGGAUAUAACGACGCGGGGAAUAUAGACGAUAACUCACAGGGAGAGACCUAUGACGUAGUCGACUCGCAGGCAACGAAUGAAGUAAUCAGACGAAAAUGCCCGGAUGUUCCUUUAGAAUACGCGCCAAGCAAACCCCCACCUCGUUAUAGUGAAGUCUGCGAACCAGAACCUCCGGAAUACGUCAACACUCAACAGUUACAGCUGCAAGAGACAUACGACUAUCCUGAGACAUUCGAAGCGAAGAUCUCCUUAGAAAAGCUGUGCACGGUUGAAGACAAAAACCCGGACCGUGACGAGAUGAUCCGCAGGCUGCAAGGCAAGGGGGAGCCGGGCACAUACCUGAUCCGUCAGUCACGUCAAGGCGACGAGAAGGUCCUUGCCUACCUCACCAGCAAUAUGCACGUUAAGGAGUUCAAAAUCCGCGGGAAGAAGCCCAAGUAUUCUCUAGACAGCCACGCUUUUUUCGCUACUAUAGACGAACUGCUAGAGAAUUACACAAAAACCCCAUUGCCCAGUACAGAUUUUAUUCUAAAGCGAGGUUUUCACCAAGUUAGUUAAAAUAUUUUAACUCUAAAGAUAAGUUUUAUCAUUUGAAGAAUAAAACUUAAAGACAUAAACUAAGUUAUUAAUCCUAAACAUUUAACCGUCGUGUACGGCAGUGCCGAUAAAGACAAUUGGUGGAAGCAUUUUCUGGUGUUGAGAUUUCCAUCCACUUAAUUGUGGAUGAACAAUUUGAAAUAUAUAAAUGUUAAGACGAAAACUGUAAAUAGACAGCACAUCUAGUUAAAAAAACAUUCAACUUUUUUUCCAAAGAUAAUUUAGAUAGUUAUGUUGUAGCCGACUCUGUGAUAUUCAUUUUUUUAUUUUUUGUAGUUUUUUUAUUGAUUUCACUUAUCUGUGUAAACAUACACAUACCGUUGUUGCUUAUCUGAUACUGUUACGCCACACUUUCCGUCCCAUUCUAUAUCUACCAAGUACUUAUAGGGCGGUCCCAUGUGUCUCUAUGUCUACCAAGUAUUUAUAGGGCGGUCCCAUGUGUCUCUAUAUCUACCAAGUAUUUAUAGGGCGGUCCCAUGUGUCUCUAUAUCUACCAAGUAUUUAUAGGGCGGUCCCAUGUGUCUCUAUAUCUACCAAGUAUUUAUAGGGCGGUCCCAUGUGUCUCUAUAUCUACCAAGUAUUUAUAGGGCGGUCCCAUGUGUCUCUAUAUCUACUAAGUAUCUGGGCAAAAAGGUGAAGUAAACAAAGACCUCACUAACACCUAGCUACUAACAUCCACCAACAAAUAGUUCAAAGACCACUGUUUUAUUGAAUUCCUAACGGCCUAUUGAUAGUUCAGAUACCUCUCGUAUUGAAUUCCUAACGACCUACUGAUGGUACAAAGACCUCUCGUAUUGAAUUCCUAACGACCUACUGAUGGUACAAAGACCUCUCGUAUUGAAUUCCUAACGACCUACUGAUAGUCCAAAGACCUCUCGUAUUGAAUUCCUAACGACCUACUGAUGGUACAAAGACCUCUCGUAUUGAAUUCCUAACGACCUACUGAUAGUCCAAAGACCUCUCGUAUUGAAUUCCUAACGACCUACUGAUGGUACAAAGACCUCUCGUAUUGAAUUCCUAACGACCUACUGAUAGUCCAAAGACCUCUCGUAUUGAAUUCCUAACGACCUACUGAUGGUACAAAGACCUCUCGUAUUGAAUUCCUAACGACCUACUGAUAGUCCAAAGACCUCUCGUAUUGAAUUCCUAACGACCUACUGAUGGUACAAAGACCUCUCGUAUUGAAUUCCUAACGACCUACUGAUAGUCCAAAGACCUCUCGUAUUGAAUUCCUAACGACCUACUGAUAGUACAAAGACCUCUCGUAUUGAAUUCCUAACGACCUACUGAUAGUCCAAAGACCUCACUUGUACCAAGUCUUUAACGACAUUUUGAUUUGUCAUACUAGCCGAACACCCCUUCAAUUAUUUGUCAAUACAAUAUUUAUAUAGGGUAAACUCAUACCAAUAGGUGGACGGACACCCCUCUAAUAUAUCAUUUAUAUAGGGUAAAACUGUCAUGGUAGGUGGACUCCCCCCCCCCCCCCUCAUUCAUUGCCACCCUAGCUACGCGACUGUAACCCAGGUUUAAAGGGUUAACUGUCGACUGUAACCCACGUAUAAAGGGUUAACUGUCGACCGUAACCCAGGUUUAAAAGGUUAACUGUCGAAUGGAAAAAAAUGUAACGCGAACAUUAAAACAAAAAUCUGUACCGUAAUUGUGUAACACAAUGGACUUGUUAUUAAGUGCACAUCGUCAUUUAUGUAAUACAAUGCUCGUGUUAAGUAACUUGACAUGUUGUAAUUUUAGUGUUUAGUGUGUUCUUGUCUGCUAUAAAUAGUAGCACACAGUAUAGGCAGAAUUAUUGAUUUUUUGGGGGGUAUAUUUUUAACGAUCAAUAGAUUUAUAUCAUAGUUCUUUGUGUAUAUCUGUAUGCUUCUAUGGGAGUUUAUAUUGAGAAUAUCGAAAUGAGAUUUGAGUUUAAAUUGAGCAUAUUGAAUGAGACUUGAGUUUAAAUUGAGCAUAUCUGAAUGAUAUUUGAGUUUAAAUUGAGCAUAUCUGUAUGAAAUUUGAGUUUAAAUUGAGCAUAUCUGAAUGAAAUUUGAGUUUAAAUUGAGCAUAUCUAAAUGAGAUUUGAGUUUAAAUUGAGCAUAUAUGAAUG